CAGGGCAAAGUUCCCCCUCAGUCUGGUAAUAUUUAACGGGACAGUUUUGGGUGAUAUCUCAGUGCACCAGGUAUGGGGAAGAAACAGCAUCGUUGACAUGCAUCCACUGUGUGUGAGACUGGUUGCUGAUCCACAGAGACACCAGACCCAGGGCCACCCAGCAUUGAACAAUGGUGCUUCAUCUGUUGGUGAUCCUACUCUCAUGCCAGAUUCAAGCAGUUGGAGCUCAGAUGAAGCUGUCACCUGAAAAACUAACUGUCCUGCGAGGGGGUGAGGCCCGCUUUACCUGCGCUCCCAACACUGAGUGGACCGUCAUGGUGUGGCUGCUGAACGGCAAAGCGGUGCUCACCAUCUCAAAGGAACACGGUGUCCUGAGAUCCAUCAACACUACUGUGACAGCUGAGAACAAGAAGGGAGACAGCUGGGUGUUUGUCCUGAAGAGCACAGAGAGGCACAACCAGGGACGAGUAACCUGUGACCUCCAGAACAUUGACAGGAAAACAGCAACCCUGCUUGUACAAGAAAAGGGCAGCGUGACACUCUUUGGUGAUGACAGGUUGGCUUUCAAGGGCCACACGGUGCUGUUUGAAUGCCAAGCGGCAGGAUGGUACCCUAAACCCAGUCUGCAGUGGGAGGUGGGUGACAGAAAGGUGAGCCAGGGUGAAUACAACAUCAGCAGUGAAGAGUCGGGGAAGAGCCUCUUCACUGUGAGCAGCAACCUCAGCGUGACGGCAACAAAGAGCUCUCAUGUGUGUUGUCUGGCCUCCGUGUCUGCCCUCCCCACACCACUGAAGAGCAGCGUCCGGCUGACAGUGGUUUCAGAGGUGGUGCAGGACUGCACGGUCCCUCUGGCAGUAACGGCCUCCCUCUCUGCUCUUCUGCUGCUCAUCCUGCUCUGCAUCUGCAUUGUCCUCUGUUGCCGACAAAGGAGACAAGCAAAAUCAAGCCCGCAGGAAGCCAUAUGGAUCGACCAAUUGGUGGCUGGGAGAAGCCCGGUUGCUGGGGCGACAGGGGGGAAGGUCAACCUGGGAUACUCUACUGAGGGCUCCACAGAUGCAGAUUACAGCGAGCGAAGCAUUGAAACUCGUAGCCAGAUGGCCUUUGUCAGCUUUCGGAAGGUCCCUGAUGUUGUGCACUCCAGCAGCCUGUCUCUACACAGUGAGAGCCAAGCGCAGGUGACUCUGUCAGAGCGAGACUCCCAGAACGUCAGGAGGAUUACCACAGUCUAAAUGUUUAUCAUGAUGUCAUACAUGUUGCAUUAAUGAAAACAGUAUGUCAUUGUGAUGUGUAGUAUUUACAACUGAGCAACUCACCUAUGUUUGCACGGUAUAACUGAAUUUUUUGUGAAGUGAGAAGCUAACGUUAUGUGACCUUGAGCUGUGUGAGCAAAGAUAUUAUGAAACUUUAAAUGAGUCCUCAUAAAUGUAAGUUGUAUUUUUAUUUUUAAUACAUGGCUUUUUUGUGCAUUUCUUUAAAUUGUAACUGUUUGUUACACUUUACACUUUCCAUCACAACUUGGGUCUUAUGUUUAUCGUUAUGUUUAUCGUUUACUCUGGUACAGUAUCAUGAUGAGGAACUGAAACAGUGAAACUGCUUAAAAAAAAAAGUAUAUUGACACACAAUGAUCAGACAGGUUGUAAACCAGCCAAAAGUUUAGUCAGGUGAUUUAACCACUUUGUUUGGAGGUAAAACAUCAUGUGACCACUGUGCACACGGCUAUGGAAAGUAGAAUAGAGGUCAAGUAAACUGGGUUGUUACGUGAAUGUACCAAAUAAUUUGGUGAGUACAGUGUUAUCAUCGCUGAUAGAAACAAAUGGCCAAAAUUACAAAAUUACUGUAAUAAAAGUUGUUGCACUAAA